CAAAAGCAUGUUCAGUGUUGUUGAAUCUGUAAAACUAAUCGCGAACGAAAUAUUUCUUAAUUUAAUCUUGUUUUAUAAAUAUUACUGAACAACGUAGGCCAUGAAAUCUUUUGUCAUAUUUUACGAACAUCAUGACGUUUAAUUAGACAAAAUUGUUAAGUAAAAAAGCAAGUAUCUUUACCGCUUGAAUCACAUUCCUCCUUUUGACUUCAUCUUUUAACCAAAAAAUAAGCAAUAACUAACCUUACAGAAGAUUCCACAACAUUUCUAGGUCGCUAUAGUUAUUAAAACUAAGUUUCUGUUAAUGAAUCAUUGAUUAGUUAAUGUCUCUGCACAAAAAUGUUAUGUACGAUGGAGCAGAAAACAUUUAAACAUGUAUGAGUGCAGGAAUACAAAAUGGAAAAGUAACUUAAUUGUGUAAGUUAUGAUCAUUGGACCGGUAGGAUGUCAGCCGCGGAUCUUGAAAUCUCAUGACGGAUUUGAAUCAGACACCAUCUGAGGAAGCUGUUCUACUCGCAAGAGGCUACAAAUUUGUAAAAAAGUUGGGCGAAGGUUCUUAUGCUAAAGUAUAUCUCGCUGAAUACAAACCAGAAACCGAGCCCGAAAGGUGCAGCACGUUGGCUUGUAAAGUAAUAAACACUGUAAACGCCCCGAAAGACUUUGUUCGAAAAUUUCUACCCCGUGAACUGGACAUCUUGGCAAAAUUGAAUCACCCUCACGUAGUGCACGUGCACAGUAUAUUCCAGAGGCGAUCGAAAUAUUUUAUAUUCAUGCGUUACGCCGAGAACGGCGACCUUCUUGAUUUCGUCCUGAAGAAUGGCGCGGUUGCAGAGGGACAGGCGCGUGUCUGGCUCCGGCAGCUUGCACUGGGUACAUAUUUAGAAAAUUUCCACCAACUACUGUAUUAUCGUUUUAAGAACUGUUAUCUUUACUUAGGUCUUCAAUAUCUCCAUGAAAUGGAAAUUGCCCACCGAGACAUGAAAUGUGAAAACGUUCUCCUUACAUCGAAUCACAACGUCAAGCUCGCCGAUUUCGGCUUCGCUCGUUACGUGAUAGACAAUCGUGGUAAACGAAUAUUAAGCGACACCUACUGCGGUUCUUUGUCUUAUGCCGCUCCAGAGAUUCUUCGUGCCUCUCCGUACAACCCUAAGAUGGCUGAUGUUUGGUCCCUCGGCGUCAUUCUAUACAUUUUACUGAAUAAAGCAAUGCCCUUUGACGACACCGACAUCAAGAGUCUCUACGAACAGCAGACGAAUCGUAAAUGGAAGUUUCGGAGUAAAGUUGCUGGCAGUUUGAGCGAGCAUGUAAAGAAACUGGUAACGCAUCUUCUUGAGCCUGAUCCCCAUAAACGUUGGAAGCUGACUCAAGUAAUUAACAGCGAUUGGAUCGCUAUGGAUCCACGACUUCUGGUCCUCACACCAGCUGAGCAAAUUGCCCUUAACAAUGCUAUUGAAGAGAAGAAAAAAUUGGAAGGGAAAUUUAUACAGACAGAUCCAAAACUGUUCAAGGUGGAGGAGAAGAAGACACUAGACGCAGACACGGCUAAAACGAAAGCAGAAGUUACAGUGAUCAAGAAAGCUGCAAAAGCAGUAAUGUCUUCCAUUACAACUGGAUCUAUUUUUAAGAAGUAAAAUGUGAAAAGUACGGAGAUUAAUUCUGCUGAAAUUUUCCCAGGAAUUAAGUAUACCACCAUUUCUACAUUAUACAUUUUAAGUAAUUUUAC